AGGCCCGUGAAGUUCAGGAAUGGCCAUGGCUGUGAUGAGGGCCAGGAUAAAAAGCCAAGGUGCGUGCCUCAGCCUGGGAAUGCGCUGGCGUUGCUCAUUGCAGUGGCCGAGCACGGAGUCCCUGUCCGCCGCCCACGAGUUUUCGCGAGGAGUUCCCGGUCGGAAGGACCGCAACGGCGCACCGGCAUCGAGCCAGCGCUGGUUGCAUGCUGGAGUCGCCUUGCGUGCCAGGGCACGAGAGGACAACAAUGCCGAGGCCAAAGCAGCCAAAACGCCAUUGGAGGAGGACCUGCUCCUGGUGCGACAGCAGCGGAAGACGGGCCAGCGGCAGGUUGAGAGCGCCCAGCGGCAGGUUGAGAGCGCCCAGGAGCAGGAAGCGAUGGCGGUGAGGCGUCUCGCUCGAGCUGCCACCGUCUUGGAGACGGCGGAGGACUCGGGCAAUGCGACAAAGGUGCAGGAGGCCAAGGAGGAGGUCCAGGAGGCGGAGAGGAAGGUUCAGGAGGCGGAGAGGAAGGUUCAGGAGGCGGAGAGGAAGGUCCAGGAGGCGAAGAAGGAGGUCCAGGAGGCGAAGAAGGAGGUUCAGGAGGCGAAGAAGGAGGUGCAGGAGGCGGAGGUCAAGGAGGCGAAGGCAAGCGGCCGGACGAAGGAGUCCGAGGCAGAUGGGCAGCAGGCUGCCAUCGAGGCCAUCCUAUCGUCGAGCUGGACGCUGCGCAGGCCAGCACCGAUGAAACCUGCAUUGUUGGGGCGCACGGAGGCCAAGCGGGAACUCCUUGAAUACAUUCGCGGGGUCAUGGAUGUUGCCAAUUCAAUCCACUGGGAGCAGGGGACGCUGCCAAAGUGCAGCAUGAAGGCGACGGCCGGCGUCAAGGGAAUCGGCAAAACUCGCCUCCUGCAUGAGAUGUGCACCACUUGGCUCAACGAAACUGGGGCGAAGGUCGGACUGCACGUGGAUUUCAAUGGAGGCAGCGAAUGGGAUGCAAGCAAGGGCCCAGAAAAUGCCUUCGCACAGGUGCUCCUUCAGAGCGCCGGCAUGCGGCGGGAUGACGCUGAAUGGUGCUCGGCGGUCCUUCCAUGGAAGAAGGUGAUGCGGGCUCUGCAGCAGAAGCUGGGAUUGUCAAAGGAGCUUCUUGUGGUGGGGGUGGACGAGGUCAUGCAGCUGGAACAAAAAUGCGGCACCAAGCCGUGCUGCAAUUUCAUCUCCACCCUCAUGAACACCCAAGACGCAUCUCUUAUUUCGGGAGAGUUUCCUGUUAUUUUCAUUUGGACAGCGCUCUUCGAGAGCUACAUGAAGGAGCGAGCAAGCCAGUCUGGCCGCAAAAUUGCGACACUGAUCUCCUUGAAGGCUUUGCCACCUGAUUCCUUGGACAGGGUACCUCAGGAGAUUCGCAAUGCUUUCGAGCAAACACCUGGCAGACGACAGCUGUUGCGACAGCUCCUUGGCCAUCCGCGCUUGACGUUUGAUGCUUUACAGGAUGCGUUUUCUGUCUGUGGAGUGCCUGAAACCACCUUUGCGUUGGCCCAAUUUCGCAUGAUAAUGAUAAGCUUUGCCAAGCUUGACCAGGGCAAAUCCUUGCAGAGUGACGAGGUCAGACAGUGGUAUUCACCCAGUGCGAUCAUUGCGACUGGAGUACAGGACGACCUUGUCUCCCGCGGCUUAGUCCAGGCCGUGCAGUUUGGCAACUCUGGCCAUAAGUCAGUCUUGCACCCGCUCAUUUUGCAAAGCUGGGCUGAAAGCCACCGUGAGCCCUUGGCAAACCAGAUCAAGAAGAUGUUUGAAGAGGAUGCUGUCAUUGAGGCCGCGCAUGAGAAGAAGUUUGAGACCGUCAUGCUUCACUUCGAUGCUGCGGUGCGUUUGGCAUUGGAGCAGGAAAGCUGCACGCUGGAGCAGCUCUUCCCAGGGGCGAGCUUGAAACCGGAGAGCCUGCGAGAAGUGCUCGUGCUGUCUGGGUUGCGGCACCGACAGAACUCGGUGGUGGAGCUCGAUUCCUUUGACGACGUUGACGAGGUGAUGAGCUCCUUACAGUACGGCAGCAUCGUGGUGUCCCAGAAGCGCACUGAGAAAGGGAUCGAGUAUUUGGUGCCAUGGACAGUUCCGCGCAAAGAUCACCGACAGCUGCUUCGAAGCUUGCAGCCGACAGGGCCUGGGGAGAAGGACCCAAACGCCCAUCUAUUGAUUCUUGGCGUGCAAACCAAGUAUGUACAGGAGUUCGUGGGCAAGUGGCCCUCGGUGGAAGACAAGGCGAAAAAAGCACUGGCUGGCCUCCAAGCCAAUCCGAAGGUGCUCCAAGCCUUGCCCGUGUUCUACACCACUGAGAGCACUAAAGAGGGCCGGUCCCUUGACAAUCCCAACGUCUAUUUCAACGAGGUGGGCCUCGCGGAACUCCUCUUGGAGAGGACCGGGCCCCUUCGACUGUUCUUCGAGAAGCGUGGCAAGCCUCUGCAAAACAAGCUUGCGGGCUUUGGGUGAAACCUGAAGCUGAAGGCAAAGGCACAGACAGGGCUCCGCGUUGCAAAAAAAGAUGUGUGUGUGUGUGGCGGUUGCUGGACGCGAGAUUUUUUGCGGUGUUUUUCGUCUGUGUAGACUUGAGAUCCAGUGCUCCUGCCGUGUGCUCCUGCCGUGUGUAUUCUCCCACUGUCAGCGGUAGUUGCAACCGCAUGCUGUGUGUCACAGAAAACCCUUUCUCCUGCAAGCGUCAUCACGAGCCAUGGCAGCGACAAGGGCCACGAUGAGGAAAUAGGGCCAACCUGGCCUGGCGAGAAGUUAUUUGUCGCUCCCACGGCUGGCUUUCUUCGGUUGGUCUUUUCCCUUCCACCCAGCCAGAAGUGCAUUCAGCCCAGGCCAAAGCAGACCUUAGGGCUUGGAAGAGGUGAGACGCUGGCAUGCUGGGCGUGGCGGAGUUGCUUUGCGCGCCAGCCCGCAGCAGGACAGCGACACGGAGGCCCGGGGCUCGCAUGCAAUGAAGCAACUGUCAUGAGUGACGUUGGGAAGGCCAUCAAGUCCAACCGGAAUUCUGCAACGGCUCACAACGACCUUUUGAUCCCUGUGAGAUGC